GGGGACACCUGCCUACAGGUGGCUCCAGCUCCAGCACAGCUCAGAUUGAAUCAGACGCCCGCUCAGGAUGGACACUACUCUCCUCAUCAUCCUCUCCUGCGCCCUUCUCAUCCACACAAGUGCAGGAGAAGACACUGGUCAGACGAACACAACACUUGCAACCACAACAACCGAAAACACCACAAGUCCUCAAAAUGCCACCACAGAGACCACCACUACAAGUCCUCACAAUACAACAGAGACCACCACAAGUCCUCACAAUGCCACAGAGACCACCACUACAAGUCCUCACAAUGCAACAGAGACCACCACAAGUCCUCACAAUGCCACAGAGACCACCACAAGUCCUCACAAUGCCACAGAGACCACCACAAGUUCAAACAACACCACAGAGACCACCACAAGUCCAAACAAUGCCACAGUGACCACCACAACAAGUCCUCACAAUGCCACAGAGACCACCACAACAAGUCCUCACAAUGCCACAGAGACCACCACUACAAGUCCUCACAAUGCCACAGAAACCACCACUACAAGUCCUCACAAUGCCACAGAGUCCACCACUACAAGUCCUCACAAUGCCACAGAGACCACCACUACAAGUCCUCACAAUGCCACAGAGACCACCACUACAAAUCCUCACAAUGCCACAGAGUCCACCACUACAAGUCCUCACAAUGCCACAGACACUACAGCAAGUCCUCACAAUGCCACAGAGACCACCACAACAAGUCCUCACAAUGCCACAGAGACCACCACUACAAGUCCUCACAAUGCCACAGAAACCACCACUACAAGUCCUCACAAUGCCACAGAGUCCACCACUACAAGUCCUCACAAUGCCACACAGACUACCACAAGUCCUCACAAUGCCACAGAGACCACCACAACAAGUCCUCACAAUGCCACAGAGACCACCACUACAAGUCCUCACAAUGCCACAGAGACCACCACUACAAGUCCUCACAAUGCCACAGAGACCACCACUACAAGUCCUCACAAUGCCACAGAGACCACCACAAGUCCUCACAAUGCAACAGAGGCCACCACUACAAGUCCUCACAAUGCCACAGAGUCCACCACUACAAGUCCUCACAAUGCCACAGAGACCACCACUACAAGUCCUCACAAUGCCACAGUGACUACUACAAGUCCUCACAAUAUCACACAGACCCCCACUAUAGGUCCUCACAAUGCCACAGAGACCACCACAAGUCCACAUAAUGCCACAGAGAUCACCGCAAGUUCUCAGAAUACCUCACACACCACCACAAGUCCUCACAAUACCUCAGAGACCACAAGUCCUCAGACUGAGACUUCCACAACGACAGUACAUUCCACAGUAUCUACUCCACUAGUGACUACAAAUAUUUAUAUAACAAUGCGCAUUACCAAUAAAGACUUCUCCGUCUCGCUGACCGACGCCACCUCCGAAUAUUUUAAGGAACUGCAAGCAAAUGUCAUACAGAUGUUCAAUGAAGUCUAUAAUUGCACCGACUGCCUUAAAAAUAAGGCGUAUGGCGGAGUGAUCAUCCUGUCCUUUAGCGCUGGAUCUGUCAUCGCGAACACAAGAGUUACAUUUACAGGAUCUCAAUCUGCAGAUGAUGUCAAAUCAAUUCUAGAUAAAGCGUUGACCGCAAGCGGAAGUAAAAUCGCUGGACUGGAAAUACGUGAAGUGCAAGCCAGUACUAGUCCGAUAUCAUCAAGCUCCUCUACAGCCGCAGUCCCAGGUUGGGGAAUUGCUCUACUGGUUCUGGUCGCAAUUAUCUUGCUGGUUGCUAUAAUAUUCCUGAUUAUCAUGUCUGUCCUGUUAUGUAGAAGAAGGUCUUCCGGGUACAUGGAUGUUUUUUCGACACGUGGUUCUUACAAUUCCAUGAAUGACUACACAACUUACCAAACACAUGGACGUUAUGUAGCCCCAAGUAACUUUGAGUCAUCAGGUAAUGGGACUAAGAACCAGUACUCCUAUUCUAACCAAGGCCUAGAGACCAAAGACUUGUGAAGUGCACCACAGAACUAGGAGAGUGGGUCACAUCUCCAGAAUGGGGACCUCCUGCUUGUGGACACAAUUUUUCGCAUAGAUGUACACUUCAAGGACACAUUGUAUCUCCACAUCAUAGGUAUUUCCACCUCAUUAUAUCUUCACAUUGCUGUAUCUCAAAAUCAUGGCAUCAUGAUGUCUUCUCAUCUUCGUAUCUCCACAUUAUGGCAUCUCCACAUCAUGGACUGUAUCUACAGAUGGCUUUACCCUCACAUCAUGGCAUCUCCACAUGGAGGUAUCUCUAUAUCAUGGACUCUCCACAUCAUUGUCUCUAAUAGCCUUUGAUCAUCUUCCUCCAUGUCUUCUUUUCAUGAUGUCUCUGGCACAAUGCAUCUUAUGUCAGGUCUAGCAGUGAGUUCAGCUCUUCUCUCCACUGUCUGCAGCUCAGCUGGGGAUAUCACUCCCACCCUCAUCAUAAGACACAGGAUUCGGGUCUGGAAGUAGUAGUGUCCAUGAUGGUCCAUCCCAACCCAACAAUCGUGAUAUGGUCUACAGGGAAAAUAAUGUGUGACAAAGGAAGUCUUCAUGCUCCAUACUGCACGUCUAUACAUAGGGGACUAUCCGUCAUAUGAGGACAAGUUCAUUAGGGACUCUGAAUUAACCUCUCACUGUCAGGCCUUCGUGAACAGUAGGAAUGUCCCUCCUGACACCCUCAUAGAUCUGCAGGAUCUCCCCAGCUGUGGAGCCUGUGCUUGCUUGGACUUGGCACUGAGCUUCUCCUCCUCCAUGCCAUGACCCUAGAGAGACUGGAGCAGCAAGUGGAGGAGAACCAACUUCUCAAUGUCCCCUUCUCACUUUUAAAUCCUCAGUGAUGGACUAUAACCCCCAUCUGCCCCGACUGGAGAACAAGGUGAGGCCUCCAUUUCGACACUCCUGCCUCCCUCAUUGUUUUGGGGUCUUUCCAUUUCCCCACAAACAAAGCGCUGCCCCUUCCUCCAUGACCAGUACCUACCUUAAAUAUAGUGUUGUGAAGUUCCUCUCCCUGGACUGUUAAGACCACCUCUGUGUCAUGUGACUGCUCUCAUAGGCCUAAUGAACCCUAAAUCUGCAGACACCCACUUAUAGAUAUGGAGGCGGGAAAGCAGAAGACCAAGGGGUGAGGGGCUAUGACCAGACACGGGGAGCCAUGCUGGAGGUUGUAGUCACCCUAAAUACAAGCCAUAUAUAAAGAGGGGUCCCCGGCACUGCUGUGGCUCCAUGUGAGUUAUGUGUAGAUAUCAGACAGUAGUGUCCCUUUAGGGCCCACUCCUCCAUUUUGGGUAUGGGGCAGGUUCUGGAUAAUCUCACCCUGUCAUAUGAAGGUUCGUGUCACUGUUCACACUCCACGCCGGGUCCAUUCUCCAUAUAUAGCCAGCUACUCCCCUCACCUGCCCAGCAGUCUACAUUAAAGUCUGCUCUGGCUGUGGACACCAGGGUCCACUCCAGCUGUAUAUGUAAAUGUAUAUUGUGAUAAAUAAAGGUUUUUCUGCCUCCAUA